AUGGCACCGACGCAGCUCAGCAUUGUGCUGGAGGGUCUGCUCAACGAGCUCGGGACAGCCGACCUCAGUACGCUCGAGGCCAUGCUCAAGCACGAUACAGGCGCAGUGCUCGACGCGAUCCGAAGCACCACUGCAGCCGCAGAGGCUGGUGCGGCGGUUUAUGCCAGCUCGGCCACGAGCAAUGUUGUUGUGUGCCCAAGCAGCACUGCCACCGCUGGCGUAAUCUCUGGUCAGCACAACGGCAGCAUCUCCCGCACUCUCGUCAGCACAGACGCGCAAACCACACUAAAGGGCUCGGACAUCCAUGCAGCCGCGAGUAGUGCGAGUGCUGAGGUGCUGCUCCGGCAGGAGUUGGAAGAGAAGUUGCGGUCACAGACCAAGGAGCUCGCUUCUUCACAGCGCUCUGGGAGCGCUGUGAAGAAGGCGCUCGCAUCGGCGCGGGCUGAGCUUGCUGCGGCACAAGAGCGUAGGCGUUCCGACCGCGACAACCUGAGGACAGCGCAGCAGGCUGCUAAACGCGACAUCAAAGCGGCCGAGCGGACGGCCGACGAGGCAAAACACGCAGCUCGAGCUGAGUGUGAGUGGCGUAUCGGCGAGAUGCGGGCCAAGAUCCAGGCCGAGCUGCGCGAGCAGCUCGUCGCGCUGCAGAUUUCGAUGGAGGCAGAGGCGAGGCGCGCUGAUGCCGCAGAGGCGGAGAGGGUGCUUCUGUACGAAAACAAAGAGCGUGAUAAAGAGGUGGAAAAAGCAACCGGUGGAGGCUGGUCGGAGCUCGUUCCCAACCCGCGAGGGCUCAUUGGCGUCGGCCUGCUGGGCCUCACGUCGCUGGCACUCGGCGACACGCCGGUCGGACGAUGGCUAGGAGAGCCGCCUCUGAAGACGGUUUCGGUGAAGCAGCAGCAAGAUGAUGCGGGCACGCCGUUCGGGCCGUCCGAGGCGCUGCGGCCGACUGGUGGGCUCGUUCUGCUCGUCGCUUAUUCGGUGGGUUCGCGCCUCCUUCGGCCGAUCCUCGAGAAGCGACGCGCUGGCGAUGAUGAGAGUGGUGAGGGCCAGAGCCGCUGGGACCCGCGGUCUCUCCUUUUUGUACCCAGUCUCUAUUAG